UGCUAAACCUGUCACUGCGUUACUCUUGGCGCGACUACUCAGAUUAAGGAAAUGCAGGUAAAAGCAGCAAACAGAGGGAGAUGCCGGAAACCAUAGUAUAUGAGAGAAAUAACGUCAUUGUCAGAGUGGGAUUUGCAAAAGCUUAUGGAAGUAUAUUGAUGACGGCAAGGGGUUUGUCCGGGUUGGAAGCCAGAGUGGCGCACAGAUCCACUCAGAGUUUUUAGUUGUGCAUGCAUCUGCAGCUACACUUGAGCCAGCAAUAUGGGUUGUCAUUAGUUACAUUUCUAAUUCUUUGAAUGCAACAUUCACAAACUGAAGGGAACCACGAGCAAUAUUUUGCAGGUGUGUGUUUGUGAAUCCGAACUCCAGUGUGCGGCGGUGCGCUCUGCGCCAUGUGAAGGCACCUCAAAGCAGCGACCCUGACCUGAGCAAUGGGACACGCUCAUCAUACAUGCACGGCCAUGCAAACAAACAGCUAAUGCUACGCCAAUAAUCACAAUUGCACUUCCUCUAAUGAUGGAGGUGGUACGUAUAAGUAAAAUCCCGUUGAAUAAUCCAUUAAAGUCUGCUGACUGCAGGGUAGAAAGUAGCCUAGAAGACACUACCUUAUAAGGAAAUAGAUGUAGAAGACUGCGGUCAUGUGGACCAUAUUUCAAAAUAAAAUGCACCUCUAUGCAGGGCGUUACGGUUUCUACAGCCCAAAAGACACUAAUGAUCAUUUUCCAAUCUUUGAACAGUGUGUGUGAACAGUUUGAAAAAUACAUCUAGAUAAAUGGAAAGCAGGUGGGUUAUUGGGAGAUGUGUCAGGUGUGAAGGUCAGUGGAGGAGGCCGUUAGGAGAGGCCGCUGCAGGUGUGAGGGUGGGUGAAGAGGGGAAGUCCAAGGACAUCUGGUGAAUAUAAAAAACAAGGCAAUGAAGGGGCCCGUGAAGGAAAACUGUGAAUGAAAAGUAUGCACACAGUUAAAAAAAUAUUUUUUAUUUUAUUAUAUAGCUGACAUAUUUAUUUAUCUCUAGCUUACUUGGCUGAGAGUGCCAUCUGUCAGGUCAAGUGGACAGCUAACAGUUAGUUAGCUAGCAGCUAGUUAGCUAGCAGCUGAUUAGCUCCCAUAUGGGCUGUGUGUCUAUCUUGACUUGCAGACUGAACCACAUAAUCUUUGUAAAAGGAUUACAGCAAUGUCCCGGUGGAGGGGGACGCUCUAGACUGCUUAUGUCUGUGUUAUAAAGCUCUUACAACCUUCCUGGUAAUGUAUUUUUACUUUCUAGCGGUUGGUUUUACAAGAGGAAUAGUCCUAAUAAUUGCAGUAUAAUGUCAGUAGACUGUAGGCUAGCGGUAUAUGUUAGUGUAUAUUAGCCCCAUGUGCUAGAUUACAUUACAUUUGUGAUCUACUUUUUUCCUCACAGGUUUACAGAUUGUCACGGCAACCGGUGGCGCUAAUGUGAUAUAUCUCCUGUGGACACCCCACACCAGCUGAACAGAGCAUGCCGUCCACAGCGAUCUCCUCUCAUCACUGGCCUCUAUCAGAGUUGCUCGGGCAGCGCAGUCUGCUGGGCCUCGGAGCGCUGCUGGCAUGGCUCGUCCUCUUCCAUCUCCUCGUGAAUGUCUGGCUCCUCUGCGUCUUCACCAGUCUCUUGGUGGUCCUCGGCGGUUGGCUCGGGUCCCGCGCCGCGCUGGACGCAAACAGCCUCCUCCACCUGGAACACUUUUUGCCUCUUGGCAAAAUGAGCCCACCCGUGCACUCGCCUGAACACGAGUGGCGGUUGAACAACGAGAUCCACAAUGCCGUCCACAAGGCGGUGCGUGACUUCGUGUCCUCGUGGUAUCGCACUCUGCUGCCGGAGGAGGAGGGGGAGUUUGAGCGCGCGGUGCGUAGCACAAUGCUGGAGUCGGUGAUGGAGCUGAAGGAGCGCGCGCGCCGAGUGGACCGAAAGGCGCUGGUUCAGCGGCUGCUCGAGCUGUACGGCUGUCACCUGCAGAGCUACAUGACGGCCCGGCAGAUACAGUCGACGCAGAAGCAGAGCUUUGGCCUCUGGCAGCUCUACAGCCAAGUAGACGCCCCUCACCCAGCUGUGAGAAGCGCUGCCGCCGAGCUCUGCUACUCGAGGGCCCUGGUUAACCUCAUCUUACACGUGCUUGUUCCAUACCCGCACAUGGAGACCAGGACCGGAGGUUACAUGGUCACGGAGCUCAUCACCUGCAACGUCCUGCUGCCGCUCAUAAGCAGGGCGUCCGAUUCUGACUGGCUCAACCAGACCAUCGUGGACGUCAUCGCCAGGUCCAGGGAACCGCAGGAGCUCCCGGCUGCGGUUGCUCUGUACGGGUGUCAGAUCCAGCACGAGUCCUGGACCACCUGCAGGUCCCUAUCUUCUUCUGAUGCGGCCAGCUUCAACAGCGGAGGCACCUCUGACCUGGACGACCUGCAGAGCCACAGCAGCAUCUGCGAGAAGGACUCCUCCCCGAGCAGCACGGUCAGCCUGGCGUCCGUCGGGAAAGUAGAGGGUUGCCACGGAGGUUUGCUCACGCCAUGCAAAGUGAACUGCUGCUCCGUCACGCCCGACCACUACUCCCACUCACCGGAUCCCAAACGCAUUUCAUUAGACUCCUUGAUUCAAUCGGACUCCGAAGACGACCUGACGGGAGGCUUUUGUGACUGCGGUUCUCCAACAGACAUCUGCAACGCGAUUACUUUAAAGGAAGACGAGGCCUUCGGGUGUUUCGGUCCUCUGAAAAAUCUCGGGCCUAAGAUGGGGGUGGUCGAGGACUCCCAGUGGCCAGCAGGCAUAGCCCAGGAAAAAUCUCCAACAUGUUCUCCACGAAGACUCCGCCUGGCUUCCUGCCCCUUUGACACCCACAACAUCCAAGCUGCGCCUGUGAACCUCCACAAUGUGCAAAUUUCUGGCACGGUCACUGCAAAAGAACAGCGUGGCACAGGCAUACAUCCCUAUACUCUCUACACUGUAAAAUUUGAGACGCUCGCUACAGCAGAGAACGGUGAAACUCUGCAGCCUGCGUCCUGUCACACCGUCAACAGGAGAUACAGCGAGUUUCUCAACCUGCAAACACGCUUAGAGGAGAAACCCGAGGUCAAGAAGGUAAUCAAGAAUGUGAAAGGCCCAAAGAAGAUGUUCCCGGACCUACCGUUCGGCAAUGCAGACAACGACAAGGUUGAAGCCCGCAAAAGCCAACUGGACACCUUCCUUAAACAAUUAAGCUCUAUUCCUGAGACGUCCAACAGCGAGGACAUGCAGGAGUUCCUGGCUCUCAACUCAGAUGUUUGCACAUAUUUUGGAAAAAAGCCAUUUGUCAAGUCAAGAAUCGAUAAGAUGAUGGAAAAUGCUUUAGACACUUUGAAGACAGCAUUCCCUCACCCUGAGCCCCUCAGUCCCAUGGAGGACCUGGAGGGAGAUGCAGACGGAAGAACGACGGACAGCAGAAAGAGGCUUCGGUUCCAAAGCAAAAUUUCCCCAUCUCUCAACAUACCUGACCUACACCCUAAAGUGACAUACUGCUUUAGUGAAGGCAGCGCUAUCCUAAAUGGCAUGUUGCUGUCGGGCCUGGAGAGCUUCGCCAAAGAGCAGGAAGUACUUUUAUGUGAGCCGAAUGAGAAGGAGACAUCCAAGCGGAGCUGGGUAAAGCCUGGCAUGGACAGGAAGACCGUAGGGAAAACUCACAGCUCAGACACAGCCGUGGCAGAUGUUGCUUUGAACAUUUUGUGUCUGCUGAUGAAGGACCAGUGGAGUUGGCUUUGCACUGAGAACAUACAGAAGACCAUUAGGCUGCUCUUCGGCACCUUCAUUGAGAGAUGGUUGGACUUAGGGGUUGCCCACCUUACCAGUGCCCCUUGCUGGGUGAUUUACCUUCAAGUGCUGCAGGAAGCUGUGUGGCCAGGGGGCACGCUGCCUGCUCAACCACGGCCGGAGCGCAGUGUGGCCGAAAGAGAGGAAACCAAGGAGCAGUGUCUGGACUGUCUAAUGGAGCUUCUGCCAGAGCUUAUCGCUGACAUGUUGGGGAGUGAGAAGUACAGACUGAGCUUGGAGACCAUGCUGGAGUCUUUACAGGAUCAUCAGAUAAACAAGCAUCUGAUCUACUGCAUCUGUGACUUGCUGCUGGACUUUCUGAUCCCCGAGUCGUGCAGCGCGGCCUUCCAGGGGUCUCUGCUGCAGAGCCUGAGCAAAGACGCAGAGAGGGACAAUCCGCUGGCAUGAACAGCACACCCUCACUCAGAUGUGGGCAAGUGGUCUCAUGAUUAGUAUCUUCUCGAUGUGUUUAGUGCCAUUAGCAGAGCACUGGUACAGCUAACCAAUGAAAUCGGCUGUGCUCGAAAAGAAAGUUGUGGCUGAUGGCUUAGAAUAUGAAAUGCACUUAUUGUACGUCGCUUUGGAUAAAAGCGUCAGCUAAAUGACAUGUAAUGUAAUAUCUGACAUUGACAUGACGUUGUGUACUUAGUUCAUCGGGUAACUGCACAGUUACAUCAUGUCGAUUGAUGUUGAGGUAUUGACCUAUUAUGAUGUGUGUUUUCAUGUCCGUCUACUCAAGACCAUUUUUCAUUGAAGCACAUAUGUUUUACAAUAAAAUAUUGCACAGUGAAGAUUUACCAUCAAAGACGUGUCAACUUCUUUUGAUCUGACCGUCUGUUGGAACCAUCCUUGAAUGAAUCUCCAAUGAUUCACCCUGAAAUCACA